GGGACCACUUUCUGGCUGAGGGAGAAACACGUACAGUAUAUCUUCAUCUCACAGUCCCUUUUGGAUGUGGCUCGGUGAUAAAAGAUUCAGGCCCUCCUUGUUUGUUUGACAUUGACAUACAGAGGGUACAAGAUCCUGGGGAAUGUGAGAGUGCUACUGUCGUGCAAAAUUCGUGUGGCAUAGACAAAAUAAACUCGAGUCACUGGCAUUAUGGCACAUCAGUAACUAUAGUUGGCAAAAUUACACCUACAUACGGAGAAAGCACUGCUACGACACAGCUGAAGCUGAACACUCCGAAGACAAGUCUCAUGCUUCCCUUCUGGCAGGACUAUGAAAUUGGACUUAUAACGUUCCAGCUUGUGAAGAAUACAUCGCUGUUUCAAACAAGAUGGUGCUCCUCAACAAAUGAUCCUUACAUAUCAACAUUUACUUGGAGAUUCUUUUACCUGAAUGAUGCCGGCAUUUACACACUGUACAAAUACGAGGACAACAUUGAGAUACAAAUUCAAACCGAAGACUGUGGCACGGAAGUGGGUGAUGGUCCCUUCUGUACAUGUGGCGUGGCAGUCCGAACAGGAAGGACCGUGUUUGAGAUCAGUCACUGUGAGUCCCUCACCUGGCACAUCGGCUUUACGGCUUGUGGAGAUUCGGGAGAGGUGAUGCAAGUUACGAGGGACUGGACUAGUUACACGAUUCGUCUGCCUACUGGAAAUACAGUUCGUGUUGAUCUUCAGACAUAUGCUCCAUAUUUUCUGAAUGUUCAGCUUACAUCCUCUGUUAACGAUGUUGAAAAGAACCGCGGUAUGUGUGGUAAAAUAUCAAACACACAAAAUGACGACUUGAUAAAGAGAGACGGUUCCGUUGCUAAUUCUACCGAAGAUUUCGCAGAAUCGUGGAGAGUAACGACCCAAGACAACUUGUUUGACCCUGACGUUAUUAGUGGUGGAUUGACAUCCUAUAAACCGCUUUUCCAAUACUGCACGUGCGAACGAGAGACAGAUCCUCAAAAUCCUCAAAUAACAUGUACCGCCAUGGCUGCCUCUGAGACGUGUGUAUCUCCAGACAGAGCUGAGGAUAUCAAGCCGAAAGACUGCAUCAUAUCAAAGAGAAAGAAACGCAUGGCACAACACUUCGUGAAACGAAUCAAAAGGGUAUACUAUUACAUUUUUUAUGAAUACUAAACCUGAUUAUUAAACCUACAAA